UAACAUAUUGUUUGAUAAAAAUAAUUCUACAAUUUGAAAUGAAAUAUUUUUUAUAUUUAAAAUAUAAAUGAAUUCAUUAUUUAAUGAUAAACACAAAUUCACCUUAAUAGACCCAACUCAAGUAAAGUUAUGAAAACGAUCAACGGAAUUCAAAUUCAAAAUACUAAAGAACUCCUUAUAACUCCACCAUUAUGUAUCGAGAGUAGGAAUGAUAAUGAGGCAGGUCGGGUCGGGUAUCUCGAUAUACAUACUUGUAUCAUGGUAGGUUGGAUCUUAGUCGGGUAAUUUAUUACGGGCUGCGGUCGAAACAGGGCGACUCAUAUGAGUAUGUAAUUUAAACGUAAAACUUUGAAACUAUUCAUUAGAUAUUAUUAUGUAAUAAAAGUAAAAUCCUCGAUAAUUUGAGUAAAAUUACAUGUGAUUUAAGCAAAAACGAAUAAGAAAUGAGAUGAGUCAGGACAUAUCAGAUUGGAAGCACUACUCAUGCCCGUCCUACUCGCCCCAAACAGGUUGGUAAAACAGAUUAGAUCCAAAUUGCCAUGGGUCUAUCAUCUAUGGGAGAUUUACAACUUUGAUUAGGCCCAAAAUAUUUCUAUUCAUAAGUCGGGCCUAUAGCUUCCCCACUCCUUACUAGACUAAAUAAUUAAAUACAUAAUUGUUUUCAGCAUUCAAGGAGAAUUUAGGUACGUAUUAGUAAUUUUUCCGAGACCACAGCAUCAAGCUCCCGAAUUCAUCUCCCACUCUUUCCCCUUCUGCUCUGUAAAUUUACGGUUUUUGCCUCUUUUCUUUCGGCAGACGACUACGAUUUUGACUGCUUAGAUUCUGACUAAACUAUAAAAAUCUCAAUCUCCAAAUCCUCUAGGGUUUUCUGAUCUUCCUCAAUUCCCACUCUCCUUCUCCAUCCCAAAAACCCUAGUUCCUAACCACCCACAAUCAUUACACCUGCGCUUGCUCUCUUCCAUUCAACCCCGAAGAGGUAAGCUUUCUCGAAACCCUGCGUGGAUAACGGAAUUGAACUCGAAAGAUUCACUGGGUUCCCUUUGAAUCCAAUCUAAAACCUAGGAAAGUGAUCGGGCGCAGCUAAAAAAUUGAUCUUUUAUUUGCCGUUGAUUGUAAAAUAAGAACACCAUGGAUGAUCUUGAAAAGGCCGUGCUUAUCAGUUUUGAUGAAAGGGGCACAGUUGAUUCCGCUCUGAAAUCUCAGGCAGUUGCUUUCUGCCAGCAAAUGAAGGAGAGCCCAACUGUGGGCCGGGUUUGUAUCGAGAAGCUUGUCUUUUGCAAGCUCGUUCAGGUUCAGUUUUGGUGUUUGCAAACUGUACAAGAGGUCAUUAGUGGUAGAUAUAGUUUGUUGAGUUUGGAAGAGAAGGAUUUCUUCAGGAAGUCUGUCUUUUCAUUGUGUGGCUUUGAUGGAGUUGAUGACGAGAAUGCUGCGAGGUUUCUGGACGGUCCUGCAUUUAUAAAGAACAAGCUUGCUCAGGUUUUGGUUACUCUAAUCUACUUCGAGUACCCUUUGGUAUGGUCUUCGGUUUUUGUUGACCUGUUGCCUCAGUUGAGCAAAGGGGCACGGGUAAUCGAUAUGUUCUGUCGUGUUUUGAAUGCCUUGGAUGAUGAGUUGAUCAGUUUGGAUUAUACACGGACUGCAGACGAGAUGGUGGUAGCAACCCGCGUUAAGGAUGCAAUGAGGCAGCAGUGUAUAGGGCAGAUAGUGAGAGUUUGGUAUGACAUUGUAUGUAUGUACAGGAAUACUGAUCAAGAGCUCUGUUCGGGUGUUUUGGACACGAUGAGGAGGUAUAUCUCGUGGAUCGAUAUCGGUCUGGUUAUGAAUGAUAUUUUUAUGCCAUUACUAUUCGAGUUGAUCCUCGUCGAUGGCGGUUCAGAACAGCUUCGUGGUGCAGCCUGUAGUUGUGUCCUUGCUGUGGUUUUUAAGCGAAUGGAACCACAACCUAAGUUGAACAUAUUGCAAGGCAUUCAGAUUGAUCGUGUUUUUGGGUUGGUUACCGGCGAUAGUGACUCUGAGCUGGUAUCAAAAGCAGCUGCAUUGAUCACAGGUUUUGCUGUUGAGGUGCUAGACUGCAAUAGGCGAGUAAGCACUGAGGAUGCUAAAAAGGUGUCAACGGAUCUUUUGAAUGAAGUUCUGCCAUCAGUCUUUUAUGUAAUGCAGAACUGUGAGGUUGAUGCUACUUUUAGUAUAGUUCAAUUUUUAUCAGGUUAUGUGACCACUAUGAAAAGCCUCUCUCCAUUAACAGAGAAGCAGCUGCUUCACGUCAGACAGAUAUUGGAAGUCAUUCGUUCACAAAUUCGCUAUGAUCCUGCUUAUAGGGGUAAUCUUGAUACGCUCGAUAAGAUUGGGAGAGAGGAGGAAGAUAGGAUGGUGGAGUUCAGAAAAGACUUGUUUGUAUUGCUCUGUAAUGUGGGCCGUGUUGCCCCUGAAGUUACUCAAGUGUUCAUAAGAAAUGCAUUAAAUAGUGCUGUUGCCUCUUCAUCUGAUGUAAAUGUAGAGGAAGUGGAAGCUGCCCUUUCUCUUUUGCACGCUAUUCGAGAGUCACUGAGUGAUGAGUCCAUUAGAAAUGGAUCUGGUUUGUUGAGUGAGUUGGUGCCAAUGUUAAUCUCAACAAGAUUUCCCUGCCAUUCAAGUAGAUUAGUUGCGCUCAUGUAUUUAGAGACGAUUACUAGAUACAUGAAGUUUGUGAUGGAGAAUACUCAGUAUAUUCCCAUGGUUCUGACUGCAUUUUUAGAUGACAGAGGAAUACACCAUCAGAAUCUCCAUGUGAGCCGCAGAGCAAGUUACCUGUUUAUGCGAGUUGUGAAAUUGCUGAAAGCAAAGCUUGUACCUUUCAUAGAGAAAAUUCUGCAGAGCCUUCAGGAUACGGUUUCCCAUUUCACAAGUAUGGAUUUUACAUCUAAUCAGUGUUCAGGAGCUGAAGAUGGUAGCCAUAUAUUUGAGGCAAUAGGUAUAUUGAUCGGGAUGGAAGAUGUACCACUUGAAAAGCAAUCCGAGUACUUGGCUUCAUUGCUUACUCCUCUUUGUCGUCAGAUUGAGGUAUUGCUCAUGAAUGCCAAGAUACUGAAUCCAGAAGAGUCUCCUGCAAAAGUUGCUAACAUUCAGCAAAUAAUAAUGGCAAUUAAUGCUCUCAGCAAGGGUUUCAGUGAGCGUCUUGUAAAUGCUAGUCGACCAUCAAUAGGCCUGAUGUUUAAGCAGACGUUGGAUGUCCUCCUCCAAAUUCUCAUAGCAUUUCCGAAAAUAGAGCCCCUCAGGAGCAAGGUUACUUCCUUCAUUCAUCGCAUGAUAGACACAUUGGGAGCAUCUGUGUUUCCUUACCUUCCAAAGGCACUGGAGCAAUUGCUUGCAGAAAGUGAGACAAAGGAAAUGGUUGGACUACUUGUACUGCUCAAUCAGCUCAUAUGCAAAUUUAAUACCUCGGUUCAUGGCAUUCUGGAGGAAAUUUUCCCAGCCAUUGCUGGUAGGAUCUUUACCGUUAUUCCAAGAAAUGGCUUUCCUUCAGGACCUGGUACCAAUACUGAGGAAAUGAGGGAAUUGCAAGAACUCCAGAAAACUCUGUACACGUUUCUCCAUGUAAUAGCUACCCAUGGUCUAUCGUCAAUAUUCCUCUCUACCAAAAGUAGAGCUUAUUUGGAACCAAUGAUGCAGUUGCUACUUUUCACAGCUUGUCAUCAUAAGGAUACUGUUGUAAGAAAGGCAUGCGUUCAGAUAUUCAUCAGAUUAAUUAAGGAUUGGUCUGUUGGACCUUAUGGUGGUGAAGAGAAGGUGCCUGGUUUCCAAUGUUUUGUGAUUGAAGUCUUUGCAACAAACUGUUGCCUGUACAGUGUACUUGAUAAAUCCUUCGACUUUCGUGAUGCAAACACGCUUGUUUUGUUUGGAGAAAUAGUGAUGGCUCAGACGAUCAUGUAUGAAAAGUUUGGUAACGAGUUUCUCUUUCAUUUUGUAUCCAAAAGCUUUCAAUCAGCACAUUGCCCUCAAGACUUGGCAGAACAAUACUGCCAAAAGUUACAGGCUGCUGAUAUCAAAGCCUUCAGAUCGUUCUACCAGUCACUGAUUGAAAAUCUCAGAGGUCAGCAGAAUGGAAACCUUGUUUUCAGAUAGCAGCAACUGAAGACCGAAUGAAGAGAUCACGUUCGUUUUCUCUCGACGGAUUGCUCUUGAAGUUCAUCAAAAGUCGCAAGCUUCCCUUUGUGUAAAUAUCAUUUUUGGGAAAGCCCAUCUCACGAACAACGAGGUAAUGCAAAUACUCACAAGCACACAUCCUAGUGUCAAUGCUCAGAAUCUGUGAUUGAAUCGGCACUGAUCUGGGCUAUCUUGAUUUGUUGUUUGCUGCAGUUGUAUAUUUCCGGCAUCGGUUUCCUUUCUUUGUCUUGCCAGCUAUUCAUAUUUCCUCUCACCCUCCUAAAUUUGUUUGAUGUUGUGAAACGUUCAUAAGUUUGGCUGAAUGUAUGUAAUCAAAACUUCAAACCUCCCAUUUCUUUCCCCAAUGAGAAAAAUGAGAAAAAAGGGUUUGCAGAAAUGGCUACAGUUUUUUUGACACGGCCAUAUGUUUGGGUUAAACUUUUUGUUCCAUUUGUCCUUCGGGUUUCUGCUAUGUUCUUCCCUUUUUCCCAGUCUUGCUUGUGUGGAGAUCUCGCAACGGGUUGCCCAGUUGUAAUUGUGACGAAUAAUAUCAACGGCCACCAUAAAGACCAGUGUAUGCAAGCAAUGAAAAAGAGUCGAAUUUGGUUCUCUUUGAAUGCCAUUAGUGACAGCUUGAUCUAUGACCCGGGUGAUGUAUCCUAGGGAAAAGGCAAUGAAGUAGAAAUAGCUAUUAUGUCUGUUCCAAUUGUUACCUAGUGACAGGGUGGGCAACGCCGUAAUGGGUAUGUUGGAUGGGGUUUGGUGUCAUAUUGAACUAAUCGCUUACUAGCGAGUUGGAAUAAUUGUGAUACGCAAUU